GCCAAACUACACAUACAUACGCAUUUAUAAACGAAAGAAACCAGUUUAGAAAUUCCGUAAGGUUUUUACAAUAAUCGACUGCUCGAUCCGAUGAUAUACACCUACCCGCGGAAGGUUGUAUUCGAACUUCACUGUUUCAGGGCCAAACCACUGAUAUGACGAGCCAUGGAUAACACUGUGGGGCAUUUAGCUCUGGUGAUCGUAGCUCUGCUGGGGCCGCGUCUGUGUAUCGCACAGGAAUAUGCAGUGCCUCAGCCAUGUUUCUUUCACAAAACUGUAAAUAGCACAGCCGAAAAUGAACUACAAGGUAUGACUUUAAAAGACUGUGUGGUGGAAGAUGGCGAUAUGAGUAAUACGUCUUUCUGUGUGACUGCACCAGGCCCCAACGGCUCCACAAGGCAUGCGGUACGGCACGACUGCUUGUGUGGUGGGAAAUGGGAAACGAUACGAAAAGUCAGCCAUCUUGACUGUGAUAGCAGUAUCUGCUGUAAGACCAAAAUCUGGCAUUGUCGUAAUGGCGGAAAGCUAACAUGCAUUCACAACCUGAUCCACCAAUGUAGUUGUGCCUACCCUUUCCAUGGUGAUCGGUGUCAGUAUGUUAAAGUGACAAGAGAGUGUUCGCCAAAUGUAUCGACACCCGGCUUGCAGAGCUGUGAAAGCAGCGGGGAAUCAAAGACCAUGUGUCUGUAUACUGUCAACCAGAACCAGUUACAAUGUGGAUUACCGGUCUCAGAAUCGGAUGUGAGCAACCUGGCUGCAUGUUCCAUGAUAUAUGAUAGAGGAGUGCUUACGGAAAAUAACGAAGUUAACUCCGUUACGGAAAUACCCGAUCAAGAUUCGUUUUGGUCAAACUGGUCGCCAUGGUCAGUCUGUCAGAUGCCUGAUAAUGCUCAGUCAAAGGGGCCAUGUAAGUGUAGGAAAGGGGAGUGUGAGGACGGAAGUUGUACAGGAUUUGGAAUAGAGGUGACAAAUUGUACAGAGCACGGGCACUGGACCCCGUGGACACCGUGGUCAGCAUGCUCAACUACCCGUGGAAGAACGGGCGAAAGAACUCGGUAUAGAUUUUGCAGUAAUCCUUCUCCAAAAUAUGACGGAAAGCCAUGUGAAGGACCGGACAAUCAGAAAGAGGCGUGUUCCCAGGAUCAUCAAGCAUCCGGACCAAACUUGCAGAUGACCAAUUUUUCUUCCUGGGCCAACAUGACGUUUGAGGACGAAGUGCCAGGAUGGCUGAAAGUGCGUACCAAGCUUGUAUGCCAGUCUCAUGAGAGCGAACUGAAGAAUAUCAAGGCAGGAGAAGUAGCCGAGUCAUGUUAUUUGCUGAAGGUUUCAGUAGAACACUGUCACGAAAAUGACUGUGUCCCUCUUAAGGGCCUCCGUAAACUUAUAAACAAGUCUUUCAUACCGGAAAACUAAAAAUAGACUUUGAGAAACCAAAAUCAAUGCAUUUUUUUUUUUUAACAAAAUUGGUGUCUCUUAAUGAGGCUACAUUGUUCGUACUUAGAACUGAAGCUGGAAAUGACGUCAUGCCACUACUACGUGCAACCAGUGUUGUUUGGAAAACUUAACCCAAAUAGUAUAAUACUUCAUCGUGUAUACGUGUAUAUAGCUGUGAUAACAUCGCUUUAAAAGACAACAAGAACAUGGAAUGGCAGUUUUCUGUUUAACCUUCAAGCAAGGCUGCAGACAACAGAAGAGAUGAUAAAAUAAGACACCUGUUUUAUCAUCAAAGCUCAUCAAUAUCACUCUGGGUCGGGUUUCACGAAAAUUCUUAAGUUCGUUCUCGUGCUCAAAUUUGAGAACAGCCAAUCAGAAAUGAAGUUAUAUGAUCUAACGUCAUUUCUGAUUGGUUAUUCUCAAAUUUGAGCACGUGAACAUACUUAAGAAUAUUCGUGAAACCCGACCCUGACAUUUAUCUUUAAAUAAUCGAUGAUUAUUGACACAUUUGCCAUACAAUUUGUAAAUAGAAAUCUGAUAUACCACCAAUAGAUGAUGAACCGUUUUUGCGGUUUUCCAAAUAGUUUUGAAAAACUUCUUUAUUCAAAGACUUAUUUUUCUUCUGGUAUUGGGCAAUCUGAAAUAUUACAAUAUAUGCAGUCCAUUUUAUUUUCCUCGUUGUAUCAAAUGACUAUUUGAUAACAGCAUUGAUAUAUCUGUAUGCUGAUACUUCAAUUGCAAAAUAUAACCUUUUUUUGUCUUUCUCUCUCUUUCAUAACUACCCCCUUAAGUUCGUUAUUGCCGCUUUGCAUUGGCAUGAAGUAAAAUUUUGGUUGACUGCAUGUUUUUAUGUUCAAAUAAAUUGUGGUGUUCAUAUCUGCAUUGCGAAUUUGUGACGUCAGCAAUUAUUAGAUGUGUUACCAUUCCAAAAAAUGAAUAAUGAAAAUUUAUCACAAGUGUUUCCAAUAGUAUCCUAGUUAUGUGGUAAACGGAAUUUAUCGUGAAUUUCAUUUGAGACUUGUAAAACAAAUCCCGUUUUUCACUCUAAAUUGCCAGAGGCUUGGUAAAAUAAAAAAAAAUAGUUCAUAAACCUGGUAGGAAAAGUAAUUUCAGAUUCCUUUUUUCAGCACGUGUGGUUCUGUUCGUCUAAUACCACAAUAUUGUAAAUGAUGUGUCUACCAUUUGUUAAAAUAUUCAAUAAAUCAGUCUGAUAAAAAUGUGUUGCUAAAGCACCUGUUAUUUAUAUCAAAACUUUUUUGAAGGGUAAUGCGUCAAUUUCCACAUCCCUAACAUCCAUUUGCUAAAUCUAGUACCAUGGUACGUGUUGUCACACUGACGGUCACGUGACCAAACGCAUACGCGUAUCGUCCAUUUUAAACAUUGGAACGUGAAUGUAUACGACUUUAUUGUGAUGUGUGACGUCAUAGGUUCAUGUAAAUAAAUACAUAGAAAUUCUUUAUAAUGUCCAUGUUUUCGUUUAACGUUUUCCAUCAUUGCCAACGUGUAUUAAUGUUCUCAUUGUGAAAUGUUCAACAAUCUCGUCCUGUAUACCCAAUGUUAAAUGUGCUAACUAAUUGAAUUAAAAUUGUUUAAACUUUUUUUUCUUA